GGACGUAUGAAGGCAGCAGCAAAAUUGCUUGACUCCUUAUGCCACACUCGCCACGUGCACCGUACUCACAUGCCCGAACAGUGCCCCUUUUAUGCGGAAGAGUCCAUGAAAGGACUUCUACUUUCACGUAUACCUAUUCUUAAUGCAGUCCUUUAAGACGGUGCACUUCGUUUCUAAGUAUGCUACACGCGGCAGCUCUGCGUUCUCAAAUUGUUGACAACUUGCAAACUCUAAGGCUUGUACUCAGCUGCUGAAAAUGCUAUCCACUUUCGUAUAUAGACUAUAGAACUUGCUGUUUAAGGCGAAAGAGGAAAGUUAGCUAGGGAGAAUGUCGGAAACUGCCAGUCAAGCGAGCGGAGGGACCGGAGCUAUGAGCGAAACAAGUUCGCAGCGGUCCGAUUCCAAAAUGCUCAGGCGGCACAGGGCCGAGGAGCAUGCCGAAGAAGGCGACCUCAUGGGUCAGAAGCGCACCUUCCAGGAAGGCGUGUUCGCGUGUAUGUACACGCUCGUUCGGCAAUCUGCCCUGAGCAAUUGGAAAUUCUCCAUACUGAAAGUUGUGCUUGAGGGCCUGAUACCCUUGCUCGUCGUCUUCAAUCCUUCCAACUCAUGGGACAUAAAGACGAGCAACCCCGUUUGGCAAGUCAUUCGAUGGACGCUCUGGCGCUCUCCCGUAACACUGCUGUACGGGUACGACACGUACAUCCGCGUGUUGUACGUUAUGGCAGCUGCCGUACUUUUAGCCGUUGGGGGCCUUGUGUGGCUGACACUGGCCAUGAGGAAGCAGGAGCAGUCCAAGUGGUUGCGCAAAGCGGCGGCUGCGCUGCAUGUGGUGUACGACAUUCUGUUUAUGCUAUUUUACGCCUCAUUCAUGGAUUAUUUUGUGUUCACGGCCAACUGCAACUUCACGCACGCGAGCAAGGAGCAUGCGUUCUUCACCGGCGUCAACUGUCUUGAAAUGCCGCACAUCUUGCACAUGUCAGUCGCCGCCUUCGCAGCCCUGGUCCACUUCAGCGUGACUGCACUGAUGGUGGUCGCUUCCAGCGACCUGAACCCCAUUUCCCGGGGCCACCUGGCCUCCCCCGACUCCUACUCGCGGCUCAAGAUCCUGGCUGCCAAGGCGCUCUUCAUCAUCUUCACGGACGACCUGCAGAGCUGGCCCAAGCUGCGCGGAGUGCUGGUGGUGGUGGCGGUGGGAUGCUGCUGCUGGUGGAAUUUCCGCAAGCUGCCCUUCUACGGCACCGCUGUUAACAUGGUUUGGAGCGGCGGCUGGGUGGCGGUGCUGUACAGCACGCUGCUGCUCACCGCGCGUGCCUUUGACAAGGACCAAUCGGAUGCUCGCAUGCAUAAGUACACGCAGUACGUCUUGUAUGGCAUCUUCCCCGUCCUCUGCGGCAGCAUAGCGCUGUGCGGCCUGCAUGCCUGGUGGGUCAAGCAGCCCGCCAGGAAGUUCAAGGGCCUCACGAGCCUGGCGGGCGUUAAGAUCCACCGGAUCCACCGCUUCGCCGGCAUGCAUGAGGUGGAAGUGCUGUCGCGGGUCAUGCGGAAGUUUGACCUCGAUGGUAUUGUGGAUGAGGAGUCGGCAGCGCAUGGGGAGUUAAUUUUGCAGGCCGGCAUGCAGGUGUACCCCGAUGCGCCCUUCCUGCACAUCCUCUACGCCAACUUCCUGCUGGAGGUGCGCAAGGACGGCCCCGCCGCCCGCACACACCUGCAGCUGGCCUCGAAGCACACACCCACACUGGUGGAACGAUACCAGGUGUACUGCACUAUGGAGGCCAGCAAACGUCAGAAGGACAGCCAGGACGGCGGCAUGGACCUGCAGGCCUACAUCGAGUUCCGGCGCAACUUCAGGGCCGUGUUGCGUGUUCACAAGGAGGUUCUAGCGCUGGAGACGGAGCUCUGGCGCAUGUGCACGCGCACCACCCUGCGCAUCACAGAGAUGGAUGAGAUGCUUGAUGAGCUCGAGACCGCAACCACUAGAGCGAAUCAAGUGUACAAGAGAGUAUUGGAGCGCUACCCCACCAACGGAAAGCUGCUGCGCUGCUACGGCAAGUUCCUGGAGGAUGUGAAGCACGACGCGGCCGCUGCCAGCCGCGUGUACGCGGAGGCCACCCGCAACGGCGGCGGCGACGCCAUCAUGUCGCUGGACCUGAGCUCCGUGCAGCAGGCGGUGGACAAGCCGGAGUUCCUGACCUCUAUGUCGCUGCAGAACGAUGCGGUGAUUGUGAUUGAUGCGGAGGGGAUCAUCCUGAUGGUUAGCCAGGCCGUCCAGUCGGUGUUCGGCUACAGCAAGGCCGAGCUGGAGGGGGUGGACGUGGCGCUGCUGAUGCCGCAGCCCUUCAGCCAGCGGCACUCGCAGUACAUGUCUCGGUACCGCACCACGGGGGAGUCGCACAUCCUGGACAUUGUGCGGGAGGUGGUGGCGCUACACAAGGACCGCUACGUAUUCCCGUUGAUGAUCUGCGUUACCAAGAUGAGCGGAACCGGCUCUGACAGUGUCUUCUUGGGUGUCAUUCGGCCCCUGGCUCCCAACUCGCUCAUGAUCCGCGCCUGGCUGGCCCCCAACGGCACCUUCCUUUGCGGCGACCAGCAGUUUGCUUCCAUGUGUGGCCUCGCCGAGAAGGAUCUGGUGGGCCACUCGCUGUCUUCCCUCGUCGCGGAGGGCGAGGUGGGCGAGGUGGACAAGCUGAUCGAGCGCUUCCACGCCGCCUCCGCUGUGGAGCUGGAGUCGGGGCUCUUCCGCGUCUACUUCAACCUCAAGCACCGCUUCCUGGAUCCGGUGCCCGUGGAGCUCACCGUGGGGCUGGCGGGCACGGACGGUCAGCGCAUCAUGUCCAUCACCUGCCGCCGUACUGACGGCCGAGCUGACAACAUCAUGGUAGUCGACACGCACAUGCGCGUGCGGUUCGCCUCGCUGGGUGUGUCAACGCUGCUGAAUUACCCGCUCCGAAAGCUGACCAGCAUGGGGCUGGAUGAGCUGCUUCCGGAGCCCUUCGACGCGACACAUGCGAAGUGGCUGAGGCAGGAUCCGCCCCACGACCCCCCUGCUGCCAGCUGCCGCUCAGGGCGGGUGGUGCACCUGCUCAAUGACGCGCGUGUGCCCAUACCUGUACGGCUUCAGAUCCACAGCACCAUUGGGGCGGACGGGGUGUCGCUGUACGUCAUUGAGAUUGAAAAGGUACCCCCCAGUGAGCUGCUGGAGGAGAAGCGGCUGGUGCUCACAGCCGACAUGAGCGGCCGGGUGCUCCGGGUGUCAAGACCGUUGUCGACGUUGUUCGGCUUCAAGGCGAUUGAGUGCAUUGGGAGGAGCCUGUGUGACUGCGUCGACAUAUUUGACGAUUGGCGCACGCGUAACGGCGAAUCGCAGCUGCAGCUGCUGAUUCUGGCCCUCACGGAUAAGGAGCAGCAGAUGCCAGGAACCUCCUGGCGUGUGCGGGUGCAAAAACCGUCCGAGUUGGUUGGCCAAGACGGCAUCCCGCACCUACCCUCCAUCCACCAUCAUCACCACCAUCAUCACCACCACCACGCCGCUGCUCAUGACUCCAAGACCAAGAAGACGGUGUCCGCAUGCUUGCAGGUCGAGCUGGCGGAUAGCGCGGAAGGGGAGGAAGAGCAGGAGGUCGGCGGUGAUGCCGAGGUGGCAGCAGACGGCUUCCCCGGCCUCAAAGACAGCAGCAAGGAGAACAGCGACGCCCGCAUCAAGCUCACCCUCUGGCGUCGGGACCUGUUGACGGGUGUGGUGGAGCUGGACGAGAACAUGCUCAUCCGCAGAGCCAGCCCCCUCACAGGGCUUAUCGUGGGCAUCCCUUCUGCGAGCAUGUUGAAAAAACCGCUGCACAGGUUUCUAGACAUUCCUCGGAACAAACCCUGGGACGCCAUCAUAGCACACAAGCACCACACCCACCACCACCACAAUCACCGCAGCGCCCUCAAAGGCAGCACCAACCGAGGCGUGGUGAGUCCGCCCAUGGCCUUCAUAGGGCCCCAUCCGGACAUGGGAACCAUGCGCAUCCUCGUGCAAGGGGUCAAGAUGGCUGUCUCCAUCUCCGGAACCGGCCGCGGUAAAGUUACGGCGAUUCUUCACCCGGACACAACAUACACGGGCGCGCAUGCCGACCUGCUGCGUGUGUUGCACCUGGAAGGCGAGGCGCAAGCGGGGGCGGAGGAGGAGGAGGUGGAUGAGGAGGGCGGAGACGCUGGGCGCCGCGACCAUCGCCAUGGCACGCCGCCGACGACGAUGGGAGGCCGUCAACAUCAUUAUCAACACGUCCAUGCCAUCAACACAUCGGAUGGUGGUGUGGAGGGCGGCGGUGGAGGCGACCCGAUGGCAGCGGUGGGCAAAGGCAAGAAGGCGAUGCUGGGCGCAAGAGACGGCGGCGAGGGCGGAAGCAGUUUCGGGCGGCGUGUGCGUGAGAGGCUGCAACAGGAGCCUGCAGAUGGCGGUGAUACAGCCGCAGCAGGGGAUGACGAUGACCAGGAGGGCGAUGGCGGCCGGAGCGAGAACAGUAUGGAGCGCGUCCGUCGAUCGGAGCAGGGCGAGGAGGAGGGAGAAGAGGGCGGAGGCCGAGACUUGAGCGAGAACAGCAGCGUGGACAAGGAUGGCGUCGACAGUGCAACCGUUGAGGCGACGGGUGGGGAUCCGGAAGCGCGAAACCAAGCGAGACUGCUCCGGCGAGCAUCCAGCAAGGCGGAGUUCAUCACGCAAUGGGUCGCAUCGCUGAGCAAGCAGAACAGCAUGGCGCGGGAGGCUCCGGAGGCGCGCGGCAGCCCUGCUGAAGGGCCGGAGUGUGAGGAGCCCCUGCUGCUGCCUGCGCCGCCUACCUCUCAGCCCUCAGCCGGGCAGAAGGUGCAACGAGGGCUCAGCGGCCGGCUGCCGACCAUUCCUGAGGUUCCCAUGGACGGAUGUGAAGCAGAUGGCGGCGAACGUGUUGGCGAUGGUGGUGGCGGCGAUGGAGAUGGAGAUAAGUGGGAGAGGGGCAGCGAGGCGGCGGAGUCUUCUGCGGAUGGCAGCCAGGCUGCGGGCAGCGCAAUUACAGGCACUUCAGGCAACCCCUCCAUGGUUGAGUUAAUGAUCGAUGCUCGGCGGGGGCGGCUGCUGAGGUCGCUGCGGAAGGUGCUGAUGGGUCCCCUGCUGAUGGGCCCCCUGGAGCGACUCCGACUGCACAGCUACGCGCUGCUUGCUGUGAUGCUCCUCACGCACAUUGCGUGCUAUGUGGUUGUGACCAACAUCAUUACCAACGAGCACUCGAAUGUGUAUCUGGUAUAUCGCCAGGCUAUGGCCAUGGACCGAGCGGAACUGAUCGUGGUUCGGGUGCUCAUCGGGACGUUUUGCGAGCGCGCCAACGUCACUGCCAAAGUGUCGGCAUGCACGCCGCCGCUAAGCACACACAUCAAAAACAUGGUGGCGAGCAUCACCACCCUGGAGCAGAACCACCAAGGCGUGUACAUGGGGUUUUCCCCCUCCAAGACAGCCAAGCCCGCCAGCGAGGUGUACGAUGUGUGGACGCAGCCGCAGCUGGACUACCACCUCUACAUGGACACGCAGCCGCCGCAGGUGCUGACGGAGGCGGCGGGCGUGUGGCAGCUGGGCAACCGCUUCAUAGCGGCAGCACGGGAGGCGCUGUACUACAUGCCGCUACUGAAGGCCAACUUCAAGCUUCACCGCGUGUACCAGUUCAUCGUGACCAACGGUAUCGGCUCGCUGUUUACGGGCUAUGCCACAUCUCUGGACCUCCUGAUGGACUCUGCAUGGAAGUCGCUGGACCAACUGCGGACCGUGCUGAUUGUGUUGCUGGUCGUGGAGGUCCUCAUCAUUCAGCUGCUCUGUUUGGUGUACGAGUGGUUGCUGGUACGACAAGUGGAAGGCGCACGGCUUCUGGGGAUCAUGUCCAUGGUGGGCCUCCCGGCCCCCGUGCUUCGACAGCUCGCCAGCAAGGAAACGAAGGUCCUGGAUGACAGCAGCGAUGAGAGCGAUGAUGACCGGGAUGAUGUCGGGGAGGGAGAGCAAGAGGGCGCUGCUGCUGCUGCUGCCGCUGCCGCUGCCGCCAACGGUAAAGACAACAACAAGAAGACCGGGCCUGCCGCGGCAGCGCAGGCCGGUAACAGGCGCAGCAGCAUCGGCGGUUUGCCGGACUCGGGGGAUGGAGGCCCCGCCAAGGCAGUACGUGGGUUUUCUCUUGAUGGUCAGGAUUUGGAUGCGCGUGCGGCCGAUGAUGACAACGGGGCGAAGAGCAAGGCGCAGCAGCAGAGGGCGGCCGGGGCCGACACCGCAGUUGCCGCCAAGGCCAGGCGCAUUCGGCGGUUGGGCGUGCAGGUGGUCAACGGCAAGGCCCUGGUGCCCUCACGGUGGCGCGUAUCCAAGCUCAUGCUGAUUCCUUGCGCGUGGUUCUUCACGCUUCUCGCAAUCUACGGAGUGAGCUUGUACCAGCUGGAGGGGAUGCAGGGCCCACUGGCCUCCCUCAACAUGGCAUCCCACGUCAUCUACCGCUACACGCGCAUCCGCGCAGUGGGGUUCAAGUUCCUGUCGCAGGAUGACACGGAGUCAAAGUCCCUCUGGCGUGACAUGUUGCGGAGCGAGAUCCGACUGUUUGACAGCGAGUACAUGGCGCUCAUGUACGGCGGUACGGCACUGUCGCAGGUCAACAGCGUGUUCACACACCCUGUGCCUGCCAGUACCUUCUCUUCAUCCAUGUUUGCCUACGAGUUUUUCAAAACCAAGAGGUGUUUUAGAUACAACCAGACGCUUUGCGCCAAGCCGGGCUCGAAGUACUAUGAGGUAACUCACAACGGCUUGGACGUUAUGGUUCGCCGCAUGAUCUCCGAGAUGGAGCUCCUCGUCACGGAUCCAGACCAAGAUGCCGUAUACAACGGAAGCAGAUGGGACUACAUGUACAAUGUGGGCACGUUUGACUUGUACGAGGGGCUGCAGCAGGCGGCGGAGCUGUUCGUGGACUACUCCAUCAGCCGCUACAACCAGGUCACUCGCCUACACUCGGUGCUACUGGCCAUCACCUUCCUGCUGCUGGCCGCCUACGUAGUGCUCACGCUGUGGCCGCACCUCGCCAAGCUGAAGGGCGACGCGGCCCGGCAGAGCGCGCUGCUGAGCCACGUGCCCGCGGAGGUGGACACGGUGGGACACGUGAAGGCGAUCUGCAGGCGCGCGCGACCAGCGAAGAAGCGGGGAAGGGGGGCGGGGUUUACUGUAAGCAGUUUAGUUUGAGGGUGCCUAUGGGCGCUUUUGGAGUGGCGGUGGUUUUAGGGAUGGCAGGUGUGGGUACCGGUGACGUGGAAUGCACUUGUGUGGGUGAGUACUGCCCGUGGUUCGUGUGGUAUUUACACGGCUACGCGUGCCGCGGGGAGGAAUGUACUGUGCUCGUUUUACGUGUAAUGAUGGGUUGGGAGUCGCACUUGGUAUUUACCGAGGGUGUCGGGGAAAUCGGUGAGCUCACACGUAAGCUCGAGUCAGCUGCAAUUAUUCGCAGGCAUUGGCGUCGGUAUUCCCCUUUAUUCGCAUGCUCCUAAACUGAAGACUCAAGUUCGCGUUUCUGAAGGUUGUGGGUGAAUCGCUGUGAAUUAGUUGGCUGCUAAUUGGGAAUUCGAAUUGUCAUGUGCGUACUUGUACUGGUAUUGGGGUGCGUACGGCAGGCGGGUGGGCGCAUACGGUGUGGAGGGCUUAUGAACGGCGUUUGCUAAGCACUGAGUGCUAAACACUGAGUGCUAAAUAGGUAUUGCUACACAUGGUAUGGACAUGGAUCCACUCACAAAUCAUGGAAUUGUUUGUCUGCCCUCUGAUCUACUACAUUUAGCAACUGUGGGUUAAGUGGGUUAAUGUGUUUUGGGGUUCGGUUUUGCAUGAACUGUUUGUGAAGCUGUCUGCAAUAUCUUGUCGCAUUUUACCUGGAUUUUGCUAAAUGGUUACGAUAUAUGCGAUGCUAUGUUAUAUCGAACUGUGAUGUUGAUGGUGCUCAAUUCGGUGCGUUUCCAGUCCUUCCAUGUUUGGUUGUAUACGGCAAACCUGUUGCGCGGAGUGUGCAACUGCUGCUGCUAUUGCAGUUUCCAUUCAUGGUGCCAUAGGGAUUGGGUGCACGCAUGUGCCAUUUCUGUCGUAUAUACGUUGUGCGCGGUUUCCCUGCCUGAGUUACAAGGUUCAGGAGGUGCAUGGAUGUAUGCAUAAUUGGGGUUGGAUGGUGGCUAUAUAAUGAAGCGAAGUUGUAUGCAUGUCGACAGGCAUGCAAGGCUCGUUCAAAGGAAACUGGCUAAGCUCCUUGCUUCUAGGACAGUUGGUUUGUCGGCAUGCUUGCGUCUUGCGUGCGUGUUGGGUAUUGGGAUGUUACUAGGAGAUGUGGGCCUCGUUUACGGAUAUUGCAGGCAACGAUAGCUGCUUUACACUUCACGAUACAUAGCUAGUGGUUAUCGGCGAAUGCGGAAUUAAUGCAAAUUUGCCUCGUUGCUUGAGAUUCAGCUUGUGCGCACCAUCAGGACAGAUGGUAUGCCCUCGAUUGCUCGGCCGGCUGUCUCGUGCUUUAGUAUUACCGUACUCAGUACUAGGCUGAAAUUGGUUUCUUGUUUUCCUCGGCAAUAUAGUGCAAUGUUUCUAUGCCGGCGAUAGAUGUUGGUAAGGGUUAUCGUAAGGCUGCUUUACGUUAUUUGUGACUCGACCAUGGAUUAAGCAUGUACGUUGUAUGUUUAUAAGGCAUUUCCCAGAAUUAAAGAUUUGGCAAAUGUCAUGGUGGCAGCAGCUCUAAUGGGUGUUAAGGAAAUACCGGUAUGUGAUCCGCAAUCUUGGUUUUGGCGAACCACCGACGGAGCAUACAUGCACGUGCGCGCCUGAAGUCUCCGGUUGGCAGUUACGGUAGUUGAGGUGUUGGGAAGAAUCGUGCUUUCCAAUGCGCGGCCUGUGCCGUUCACACUAGUGGUGUGCGCCAGGUUGCAUAACGUGGCGUGGCGUGGACCUGGAUUUGGCGUCUGUUAAUCCGCGUCAUAAUCUGUACGCGUGUACAGUGUGUCCGUGCGAUCCAGGGGGGCCAAGAACACUAUGAGAACCAAAGUGAGUCUGAGUCAGGGUCCCCUACAGGCCUCCGUUUAGGGGCUCUGCGCAUGUGGUUUCUGACAGACAUGCGGGUCUCCCAUACGCGGCUCAGGUAGCUAGCUAGAGGAGGGGCAGAGGUCUCCUUCAUGAACCUACUGCUAAAGCUAAGGGAACCCUCGUACUCACGACGUAGCUCGUCGUAUUCUGAGGUCUGCGGCUCCUGUAAAUAACCACCUGAAACGCCCCUGGUGAAGCCAUUUGGGGCGGUGACUGGCAUGCAUGGCCUUGUUUGUACUGUUUGCUGCUACUCAGUGAGUGCUGCACACCAACUUGGACUUUGCGCUUCCGGAAGGCCCAC